AUGUUUUCUGAAAGUUGUUCUAGUGCAAAAAAAGGAUGUAGCAGUGGUUUGGUAGUCGAAGAUCAAUUAAUGAUAAAAGAAAAACGAGAAUAUCAAAAUAGAGACGAUCGGUUAAUGCAGUUAAUUGGACUUGAUAAAGAAACAUUUAUUCCAGUAGUACAUGAAACAUCAUUAGGAUUAAUGUUAAAAUAUCAACGAGAUAAUUUUGGUGUAACAAUGCCUAUAUUAGGACAAUUUAUUCAAAAAUAUAUGGAACAUAGACCAAGACCAUCAUUGGAACAAAUUCGUAUCCAUGGAGGAAAAGCCAUCGUCUAUUCUCUACUGCCUGUGCAUUCUGUAGAUCCAACAUCUACUGAUAUAGUGCAUGAUUUAUAUUCAUUAUUAGAUGAACUUUAUAUAUCAGCACCAGAGUAUUUUGAUCAAAUAAAACAAAAUUUAAUGAUAUCGCUAAAUGAAAAGGAUAGAAAUCAGAAAAAUUCAUCAGUAAUGAAACCAGUGUUUACGAGAAAAACAAAAGAUAUAAUGAUGUGUGCGCCAAGUGAGCUUAGUUCAAGAUAA